AUGGCUGGCGUGCCCCAGAAGACACUGAACUGGCUUUACGAUGUGUUAAAACGUGAAUACCGCGACCCGAAUCGCACCUAUUCGGACCUUGCCCACGUCCUCACCCACAAUCCGAGCUUUGCUCCUCGGACAGAUGUCUACACUUUCGAGAAUGGAGCACCUGCGCUCCUCCUGCAAUUCAAGGGCACCAUCCCCGUCCACUUUCGAGGAAAUACGUACCGGUUUCCCAUAGUGUUAUGGAUUCCUCAUGCCUACCCUUACGAGGCACCCAUGUGCUAUGUUACCCCGACGGAAGAGAUGAUGAUUAGACCGGGUCAACAUGUCGGUGGAGAUGGGAGGAUAUAUCAUCCGUACUUGGCGCGUUGGAGAGAACAUUGGGAGAGAUCGAAUAUCUUGGACUUUAUGUCCAUCCUGUCCGAUAUUUUCGCCAAAGAGCCGCCUGUCAUGUCCAGGUCAUCGCUUCAACAACAGGGACCGACACAGCCAAACCCUCCACCAGUACCGCCUUUACCAAGGGAGAUGCAACCACCGCCGUCUUCCAACGUAUCGGUAUCAAGCCCUCCUCCCCCUGUGCAGUAUCCAGGCGCGCCCGCACCACCACCUCCUCCGCCGAAACAGCUUGCUCAAUCAGGCGUGCCAACUCCUGCCCCAGCAAUUCCAGGCCUUCCUGCGGCUUCUGCGCGACCAGGCCGUUAUGAUGCUCCGCCUCCUCUGCCGCCUCAAGCACAAGUCCCAGGCCAACGAUCUCAGCAACCGCACGGGAAUGGGAAUAUCCAGCGACCCUCUAGCGGUACGAAUUUUGUCCCUCAACGCUCCAGUAGCCUCCGACAGUCCAUGUCUCCUCAACCACCCUACCAGCAGCAGCAACAUCCGCAAACUACGUACGAACCACUCCCGUCUUCGUACCCACCUCAACCACCUCCUCCGGGUCAACCGCAGCAAUAUCCUUCCGCUCAGCCCCAUCCCUCCAUGGCUUCUCCCCCAGGCCAACGUCCAGGGCAAGUCUCCGACCAUGCCAGACCACCGCCCCCAGAUCAAUAUGGCCAGAUGCCAGCAGCAGCAGCACCACCCCCCCAUGGUCAGCCUCCCGGGCGACCUGUGCCGCAACAGUAUUCAGCCAACUAUGCUCAGCAACUUCUGCAACAGGCCUACGCACCACCUCAGCAGCAAUAUCAGCCACCGCCUCAAGCUUCCGCCCCAAAACCUGCGCCAACACCCAAUCUUCUCGACUCCCCCUUUGAUAUUCCCCUGCCUGCUCCUAACCCUCGGUUAUCCCACAAUAUUCCCGCGCCUCCUAUACCGGUCAACCCGGAAAAGGAAGCCCUCCUAAGCCAUCUUUCCCAUCUGCUCACGACAUCCCUGCACCAACAAAUCUCCCAGAACAACUCAGCUUUGGCCCCGUUGGCUUCGCAAUAUGCUGCAAUGCAAUCAACUGCGAGCACAUUGAACAGCGAAUUGAGUAACCUGAAAGCGUUGCAUGCGACAGUGUCUAACAAUAUCUCGCUCCUCCAAUCUUCAUUGACCAAGGCCGACCAAGCGAUAUCGUCAGCGCACGCCCGCGCCGCCAAAAACGACAUUCCGCACGUCGACGAAAUGCUGACCGCUCCAACCGUCGUGGCCCGCCAAUUGUACGAUGCUGCGUGCGAGGAGCGGGGCAUUGAGGCCGCAAUACUGGCCCUUCAGGAAGGGUUCGUGAGGGGUCGUGUGGGAAGUGAGAUCUGGGCCAGAAGGACCAGAGAAUUGGCUAGGGAAGGCUUCAAACGGCGGUGGAUGGUGAACAAGGUGGGAGAGGGGAUGGGGCUAGACCUAGAGGCCGGUGCAUAUGGGCGGUAG